AUGAGCAAGUAUGGCUUGAAUCUCAGGCCCGCUAAGCCGAAAAAACAGCUUCCAAAGCCUUCAAUCGCCCUUCCUUUUGGCUUCAAUGAAGAUGAUGAUAAUAAUGUAGAGAGAGAAAUUGCUAUCCAGGCUAGCAAGAGUAGAAGUCUCAAGGAUGUCGAGGAGCAACAAAAGAAAGCGUUGGAAGAAGAUCCGACCAUAUUUGACUAUGAUGGGGUCUAUGACAAAAUGAAAGAGAAAGUUUCCCGUCCAUUGAUACAAGAUCGUGAAGAGAGAAAGCCAAAAUAUAUUCAAAACCUAAUUCAGAAAGCAAAAGAGCGAGAGCAGUAUCGUGAGAUUGUGUAUGAGAAAAAGAUUGCCAAGGAGAGAAGCAAAGACGAUCAUCUCUUUGCUGACAAAGACAAAUAUAUCACAGAAGCAUAUAGAAAAAAGCUUGCUGAGCGAGAGCAACAGAUGGAACUCGAACGUCUACGGGAACUUCAAGAGGAAAGAGAGGAUGUUACGAAGAAAAAGAACUUUUUGGUUGACUUUUAUACAAACCUUGAUAAAAAUGUUGCUUAUGGUGCAAAAGAUGCUCAAAGGAGAAAGCGUGACAGUCAGGCCGAAAAUAGAGUUCCAGAGACACAUGAGGAAAUGAACCCUGAUGCAUCAAAUCAGCAGCAGGAUGGUAAUACCGAUGAAGAACAUUCAUUGGCUAAGGAAACUUCACCGGCAGAGUCUUCAGGGAAAAAGAUUGGCGAUCAGGGUGAAACUUCCCAUCUUUCUAAUAGAAGUGCCAGUCCCUUGGAUAUGAAGCCAAAUCUUGCAGCUUCUUCAGAAGAAAAAAGUGCAGUUGAGGAGCCAUCAGCUUCACAGCCAAAUCCGGAGCAUCACAAAAGAAGUCAAGAUGCUGUGGCUGCAGCAAAAGAGCGUUUUCUGGCACGUAAGCGAGCAAAGCAGCAGUGA